AUGUCGUACACAGGUCCUAUGUCGCUCAUGGCCGGCCAUGACAUCAACUACUGCUCUAUGUCAGGAAUGCUAUCCACCUUUGGUCGCGCUGGAAAGAACCCACAUUUCCCGGGGAAUCUGGCAGCUGAUUUUGCCGGUGGUAGUAUGAUGGCGGUCAAUGGCAUCAUGAUGGCUCUGUUUGAGCGCAGCUCCUCUGGCAAGGGUCAAGUAGUGGAUGUGAGCAUGCGUAUGUUUGUAUGGUUUGCCCCAUGA